UGUGUCAGCCAUGUCUGGGAGAGGAAAAGGAGGAAAAGGCUUAGGCAAAGGUGGUGCUAAGCGUCACCGCAAGGUUUUGAGAGACAACAUCCAAGGGAUUACAAAGCCAGCCAUCCGGCGUCUCGCUCGGCGUGGAGGGGUUAAGCGGAUUUCUGGCCUUAUUUAUGAGGAGACGAGAGGUGUGCUGAAGGUAUUUCUGGAGAACGUUAUACGGGACGCAGUCACUUACACUGAGCACGCCAAGCGUAAAACUGUUACUGCCAUGGAUGUGGUGUACGCCCUCAAACGCCAGGGACGCACCCUCUAUGGCUUCGGAGGUUAAAAUACUAUUUCCAUUUUACGUGCUAUAAUUCCAAAGGCCCUUUUUAGGGCCAACCAUCUAGCCAACAAAAGUGCUGGGCACUGUUAGAUAACAGUAUAUAAGAUUGGAAGCGAGUUUCAGGAUGCGGGGGUUAAGGUGGCGGUCGGUAGUAGCGAUAUCUUGAGUGCCAGAACUCCUGGAAAGUUGAAAUCUUUUCGGCAGCAAUUCUGAUUUCAAUACCUGCUCCCACGAUUAUAAUAAACCCCCUAGAAAUUUUCCAUUUCUACAAGGCGUAACGUGACUUGAGAAGUUCAAGUCUUCCAUUCUUAAAACCUCUAUGCAAAUCGGGACCGUUAGCCGGGAGGUCUAAAAGAAGUGAGGCGAUACUUGCUCUAAAUUGCUUGCCAAAAACGACCUUUAAUUUAUAUGCCUCGAUUUUUACAAUUUGCUACAAUCCGAAGAUGAGCGUUCGCCGGUUUAAAACUUGGUUGGUUUGCUUUUAUGUGAUUGUGCUGAGAAUCGGUUACCUUGAGGGGUGCGCUCUCCGCGUUUGUGGUUGCUGGUUCUGGUUGUGAAAAGUGGGAAUUAACGGUGUAAAGUCAAAUCGAGAUUAAGUCGCAAAGACUACGUAGUGUCAUAUUUGUUUGGCAAAGUGGUACGAUAGUCCUAGAUUUAAAGUGUAGGGAUACCAGUUCUGCCACCUCAUCAGUUUGAGCCUCAUCAUUUAUUGAGGCUUCAUUUUCUACAUUUAUAUAAUGAGGGGGUGAAACAGAUGGCUUACGGGCACCUUCACCUUGGGUGGUGUUAUAUGACACUAUAAUGUGUUCUACUUACUUCUAAUAAAGGUAGGAAAGGGCUUGCUAAAUCAAAUCCAAUCAACAACCAUUCAAAAACCAAAGGAAAGGAAUACAAGUUAUCAGAUCCAAGAUGAGCUCAUUAUCAUUAGUGCAGUUCUUAAAAAAUAAAUUUGCAAGUUAUCUGGCCAGUGCAUAAAAAGUACUUUUAGUUUCCUGUGUUUUCAAUAUUCACCAAAAGGUUCCUCACAAUUACCUACAGAGUUGUUUUUUUUUUUUUUUUCUGGCACUACAUUCAAUUGAGAAUAAAGUCAAGGGCUUAUGAGAUAGUGUCUUUUGAUAAAGGCUAAUAUUACAAGGGUACGGAUUCAGCAACAUUUUAAGGUGAUCCUUCUAUAAAAACAGACUAUAAUCUUAACCUAGUCGAAGCAAGUCUUCAAGAAACUGAUAUAAACCGGGUAUGCAAUUUUUACCUGUGAGGGCCUGUUGUGGCUUAGAAUGAGAGUUCUACUGGAGCAUACUCACCAAAAAAGCAUAAUUUAAUUUUUGACAAGGCAAAAACAAAUUAUUUUCCUGUAUCAGCAUUGGCAAAGAAUACAGCAAGCCAUUCUCAAUGCCACUACUUCUCCUAAAUUUAGAUUUAGAUUGAAAGGUGGUUAAAACUUAUUUAUUUAUUUUUAUUUAUUUAUUUAUUUAUUUAUUUGCAGCUUUUAUAUUCAGAAGUAAAGCAGAUUUCAGCAUUUCUGGGUUUAUGAUUUUACAACUAAAUUUGACCCUGUAGGUAGUGAAAAAAGAAAUUGUAUGUCAGGCCCCAACAGAUAAAUCAGCUAUUGCUUUGCUGGUCUUCACACUAAUCUGCUCUCUUCUUCAAACAUUUAAGGUUGAACUAGGUUUAAAACAUGGUGCUUAGCGAUGGAGAUGAUACCAAUCAAAAGUGGAGGGUUCUCUGCCUGAUGUGCUCAAAUGACCAA